AGCGUGCGCCUUCUGCGGCUUGCUUGUGGUACCUGUGGUAUUCUACUUUAGAAGUUAGCGGACUACAAUUAUUUUCAGUGAUCUAAAAAAUUCGUUUUUAAGUGGAAUUUUCUAUCAGUGGUGAUAACUUGUUCUUGCAUUAGAAUAAAAGUCUAAACGCGGCUACUCUCUACCCACACCCCAUCACCGAGAAGCACGUUUGAAUAACCUGCAAAAAGAUGGCAGACCUCCAAGACGUUGAGAUGAACGGUGCUGGCCAAGAAACAGUCGAAAAUGGGAACAAUCAGCCUCAAACGGAUCAAACCGCGAAUUCAACCAGUGAGCCAUCCGCUGCUAAUGGUGGCAGUUCCGAAAACAGCAGUAAUAGCCAUACUGUACGCGAUGACGACAGAAAAUUAUUCGUUGGUGGACUUAGUUGGGAAACAUCUGACAAGGAAUUGAAGGAACACUUCAGCGCAUUCGGUGAAAUUGAAACCAUCAACGUAAAGACGGACCCAAACACAGGACGGUCACGUGGUUUCGCCUUCAUCGUCUACAAAAAUGCUGACUCCAUCGAGAAAGUCGUUUCGGCUGGCGAUCAUGUUAUUAAUAACAAGAAGGUCGAUCCAAAGAAGGCGAAGGCCCGCUAUGGCAAAAUUUUUGUCGGCGGUCUCACAACGGAAAUCAGUGACGAAGAAAUUAAGAUUUUCUUCGGUCAGUUCGGAAAUAUCGUCGAGGUUGAAAUGCCUUUUGACAAACAGAAGAACCAACGAAAAGGUUUCUGUUUCAUAACAUUCGACUCGGAGCAGGUGGUGAAUGAGCUGCUGAAAACACCUAAACAGACCAUCUCUGGCAAGGAAGUGGAUGUCAAAAAGGCAACACCCAAGCCGGACAACAUGGGCCCGAUGGGUCCCAUGGGUGGUCGUGGCGGUAUGCGCGGUCCUCCUCCACGAGGAAUGCGAGGUGGUCGUGGUGGCCCCGGUGGUCCAAAAGGUGGUUACGGUCAAGGCUGGGGCGGACAAGGUUACGGAGGCUACGGUUACGGUCAAGGAUAUGGCGGUGGAUAUGGUGAUUAUAGUUGCGAUUAUUUCGGCGGGUGCUUUGGAGGAGGAGGCUACACUGGUGCAUACGAUUUUGCCGCAUACGGUUACGGUAAAUACAACAACCAUGAUUACGGUUACGGAGGUUACGAUGGAGGUUACAUGAACGGAGGUCGACCGGGCGGUCCACGAGGAGGAGGGGGCAAAGGUGGCGCUGGUGGUUACGGAGGUGGAAAACAACGAGGCGGUGGAGGUGGUGGUCGCCAACCGCGUCAUACGCCCUAUUAAUAAUUUGACGUAAAUUUAACUUCAUUUAUAGAAAUAACCAACGUAAAAAAUCAUCAGUUCAGUUUAAUUUUACUACAGACAGGCUAUCCUAAAGGGAAGUGCCGCAAAAGCGCCAGAAACAAGAAGAUCCCGGUUAAUUGUAUACAGUAGUUAAGGCAUAUGUUUCAGUUCCAUAACUGGAGGAUACGGCCAUCCGCUUGGAGUGGAUGGAGCUAAACUUCUGAUUUUUUGGAGUUCCCUCAGUUUAACCCGCCUAAUAGAGCAGUCGGUAACGCGCGUCGCUCUCACGCAGCUGGCCUGGGUUCGAAUCCCGGGACCGGUUGUCACGCAGCCGGCCAUGGUUUCGAUUCCCGAUACCGCCGUGGCAGGGGGGUUGGCGCGGGGCUAACAACCCCGUCCGUAAAAACGAACCGUUACAGAAAGCAUAUUCAGAGAUUAGGAUGGUCUCUGGUGCAAGAUAAGACCGCUCAGCGGUUGUUCGCGAAGAAGAAGAGCUCAGUUUAUACGGUAGUAUUAUCGUACCACCAUUUGUCAUCUCAAUUAGUAGAUCACGCCUAACGGCAUGUGACGCAAUGCAAUGAUAGAUCGACAUUACUUUAUCAAUAGAGAAACAAUAAUUGUCUUUGCAUUGCGUAGGAUUUGGUAUGCGAUGUAAGGGGGGUCAGGUUUAGUAUAGCCAUAACUAAUCGCACCAAUUUAUCUUUUGGCCUUUUUCUUCCAUCCUCUCCAAAGUCAUGAGCUGGCUAUAAAGGAGGGUAUCCUUCACAGUUUGGGAUUCAAUAUGAUCCCACGCCUUAGUAUUAAGGUUACUGAAUAAGUGUGACGUUAGGCGAUAUUAAAACUUGUGUUUUGAAGCAACUGUACAUCAGACAGAACUGGUACAGAUAUGUAAAAGGAAAAUCAUGUUUAGUGAGAGAAUCACAGGAGCUGAAGAGAGGAUUGACAGUACGAAGGAAGAAAGGAACUUAAGGAAAGGACAUAGAACAAAACUGAGCAAAAACGAAUAAAAAAAACAGAUAAAAACAGAUUAGGGCACAGUUCCCUUCAGCAUAUUAUGUUACUAAAGCGUAGUUAAAGAAGUAACAAACUGGGCCCCUUCUCUUGAGACAUCCUUCAUCCCUCUUUUUAACUAUUCCAAAUGAACGAAAUGAAUGAAAUGAACGAAAUGAACAAAUGUUCCAAUUGUAAAUUAAAACGUUAA